AGAAAGGAAGUAUUUAGUCCAACCUCCUGCCACGGCCAAGUUAUUUUCCUCACUUUAAAAAUCGCGAACGGCUUGUGUUUGACUCGGUUUGACAAAUAAACCCUCACGAUGAGUUUCAACAAAGGUCCUGCUUACGGCUUAACCGCGGAAGUCAGAAACAAGAUUGCACUGAAAUACGACCUCCAGAAGGAGGAGGAGCUGAGGAUCUGGAUCGAGGAUCAGACCGGGGCCAACAUUGGCCCUGACUUCCAUAAUGGCCUCAAAAAUGGAGUCAUUCUGUGCCAGCUUAUUAACAAACUCCGACCUGGUUCUGUGAAAAAUAUCAACAACUCGUCGCACAACUGGCACCAGCUUGAGAACUUGACCAACUUCAUCACGGCGAUCAAAGCGUACGGCCUUAAGCCGCAUGACACCUUUGAGGCCAACGAUGUGUUUGAGAACGGCAACAAGACGCAGUUACAGACCACACUGCUGGCGCUGGCAAGUAUGGCCAAGACCAACGGCGCCCAGUCCCGGGUCGAUAUUGGCGUGAAAUAUGCAGCCAAGCAGAAGAGGACAUUUGAUGAGGAGAAGAUGAAGGCUGGACAGUGUGUUAUUGGCCUCCAGAUGGGGACCAACAAGUGUGCCAGCCAGGCAGGUAUGAAUGCAUAUGGCACCAGGAGGCAUUUGUAUGACCCCAAAAGUCAAAUGCUGCCCCCUAUGGACAACACUACAAUCAGUCUGCAAAUGGGAACCAACAAAGGGGCAAGCCAGGCCGGGAUGACCGCUCCGGGAACAAGACGCGCCAUUUAUGACCACAAAAUGGCCACGGAUAAGUGCGACAACAGCACCAUGUCCCUCCAGAUGGGCUACAGCCAGGGAGCCAAUCAGAGCGGCCAGAACUUUGGCCUGGGCCGGCAGAUUUAUGACGCCAAGUACUGUACCAAGGGCGGUGAAGUCACAGAUGAAACUAAUGGAGCAAGCGGAGCAUACAUUCCAGAUUACCAAGAUGAGGGUUACCAGGGUUACCAUGAGGAGGAGCAGGUGUACAAGGAUGAUGGGACGGAUUACUAAAGGGGGUUGGGGAAGAAGGAAGUUUGCUAAAAAGGGGGGAGAGAGAUGGUGUAAAUCGAGGCAUGCCCUGCAAAAAAAAAAAGAAAAAAAGGAAAAAUACUUAAGGCAGAUGUUUUUAGUUUUAUAUCCUAAGGAUGGUGGUCAUAUCCUUAUAGUAUGAGUUUCUCUUACCCCAUGGUUUUUACACAUAUCAAAAUGAACUGUAUUUGUGUGAUUUUAGUUGUAUCUGGAAAGUGACUACAAAAGCCAAUUUGGCUCUUUGUAUUUAGUUUUGUAUCCCAGGGAGGUUUUUUUAUGUGCCAAAUUUCCUUUUCACCAGUGUUUUACCACAUCUUAGUUGUGCGUAGGGACAUUUUAAAGGCACCAUAUUUUUCUCGGAUAUCUGUACUUUAGAUUAAAACACCUGCACAUAAAAAAAUAAUAAUUCUAGGGAUGUUACAGGUGUCAUGUCAGACAAUAAUCAGUUCUCCAAGAAAGAAAUGUUUUUUUUGUUCACACGGUUUUAAUUUUCUUAUAUUACAGUACAGUAUACAUUUUCAUUGGCUGUAUAACCAGUCCAACCUGUUUGACAGAAGAAGGGGGUGGUGAUUAAAUAUGAAUCACUACAUUUUUUGAACAUUCCAAGUAUGAAUACUGGAUAUUUUGUAUAUCAAGUGAAACAUUCCUUUUACAUUGAAGUGUAAACCAAGUGGUCAGUUCUGCUAUUUAUACACAAUCGUGAAUUGAAUCUGGCUUGUUUUUCUACGUGUACUGAAUAACAUUUGAAGUAUAAAAUGGUUGUUUUGUUUUACCUUGAGUUAUUGUUACCGGUGGAAAAACUAAUUGACCUAUAAACUUACCUGCUAAUUUAUAAAGUACACCUAGAACAAAUUACAACAGCUCUUAAUUGUUUUUUAAUGUUUUAGUAAAUCUGAGAGAAUAUGCAUUGUAAUUCCUGUUAAUUGAAUUACCUGUAUUAUGAUGCUUUUUAGUUUUAUCUAAGUGUACAGAAUAAAUUAGCAAGUGUAGUUGUUUUGUUGAUACAAUUUAAUAAAUAUGUAUUCAUUA